AUGACGGGCCAGACAACUCUCGCAACAACUGCAGCGACCAAUGAGACAGCACCAUCCAUUGCCCGCGUCGCAUUUCGGGUACCACCCUUUCUGCCAGCGGACCCCGAGCUGUGGUUCAAUGUGCUGGAAAGGAACUUCGAUGCCUCCGGAAUAACGACGGAAGCAACGAAGUACAGCCAUUUAUGCAGCAACUUGGACAUGAGGUACGCGUCGGAGAUCAGGGAUCUUAUCGCCACACCACCAGCCGGAGAACCGUACACCAAGACGAAGGUCGAAUUUCUCAAGCGGCUAAACGUCUCUCAGGAGGAGAAGACGAGGAAGCUCCUGGAAACACAGGUAUUGGGCGAUCGAAAACCCUCUCAAUUUCUUCGGCAUUUACGAGAUCUCGCGGGCAACGAGGGCGACAACGUCGUCAAAACGUUGUGGCUGAGCCACUUACCAGCCCACGUGCAGGCGAUAUUGGCGGCCUAG